AUGGCCAGAACAUCAACAGAAGUGACUCCAUACUUGCCAGUCUAUGGAACUGAAGCAGUCAUACCUGGUGAAGUUGAGAUACCUUCCCUAAGGAUCAUCCAGAAAGCAGAAUUAGACAAUGUUGAAUGGGUCCGAGCUCGAUAUGAGCAAUUGGCUUUAAUUGAUGAGAAAAGGAUGGUUGCUAUAUGUCACGGUCAAAUAUACCGACAAAGAAUGAUAAGAGCCUUCAACAAGCGAGUCAGAACUAGACUUUUUCAAAUUGGGCAAAUGGUGCUCAAAAGAAUAUUCCUGCACCAAGAUGAAUACAAAGGGAAGUUUUCUCCCAAUUGGCAAGGUCCUUAUGUGGUCCGCAAAGUACUCUCCGGAGGAGCAGUAGUAUUGGCAGAAAUGGACGGACAAGAGUGGCCAAAGCCCAUCAACUCAGAUGCAAUCAACCGCUACUAUGCAUAA